AUGCGGAACGACAACCAAGAGAUCGUAUCCCUUCGCCUCGAAGCAACUAAAGCCAAUUCCGGCAUUUACGGAGGAGCUAUGCACCCUGCCUUACAGGAAGCUGCCUUCGAAGACAAGCUCGAGACUUGCAAGCGUCUUCUUGACGCAGGCGCAGAUCCCAAUGCUCAGGGAGGUCGGAUGGGCUCGCCGCUACACGCCGCGGUCUGGCGCGGAUCUGUAGAUCUCAUUUGGCUUCUACUCAACUCCGGCGCCGAUUCCAGUAUCCGGGACAGGUCCGGACGGUCUGCACUCCACCUGAGUCUGGCAUGUCGUCAACAUGUACUCGUGCUGCUUGAAUCCGGCGCCAAUACAAACGUGGUAGAUCGCACUGGGACGAUGCCACUUCAAAGCGCCGCUCGCUCACACCCGAGAAUAGUGCCACAGCUCCUCGCAGCCGGGGCCAUGGCGGGGGUUCGUGACGGAUGUGGUCGCAGUGUUCUCCACGCUGCGAUGGGUGCCGACAAACUGCAGUUCCAGAACGUCCUUGAUCACUUGCCAGAAAGCAGGAGGAAGGAUGAUCUCGAAGCUGCGUUACCCGCAGUGCUCAAACAGCCCGCAGAACCAGGCAGCGUCAUGCUAGAACAAUGCAAGCAGAUUUUCCAUCUAAUUUUGGGAGAAGAUAACAUUGACCUCAGCGUACCGGAUCCCAACGGCUGGACUGCACUAGAGCUUGCGGAAUGCUACGGAUUGAACGAGGAAGCCUAUGUGCUCGAGCAGCGUGGCGCACAGAAGGGGAAUCUCCAGCAAGCGCUGCGGCCAUCUUGCUGGUCGUCUGCAGACCGAAACCCCGAGGUAUUUCUCUCGGAGGACAAAAUGGAGGCAUGGGUGACCGCGAUUUCCCCGAGCAGAGAAGUGAGCAUGCAGCUGAGUAGUGCCAUCUGA